CGUCGGCGUGACAUCUCAUAGCGGCUACCGGCACGAGAGGAAAGCCAUGACAACCGACUCCUCACUCCUCAACUCUGAACUGGAGUUACAGCAGCAAGAGGAGCUGUAUCAACAGCUCCUGUUACAGACUAUGGGAAAGAUGCAGACUGAAAAUCCAGACUCUAAAGUAAUUCGACCGCAACCUGGCAUGUGUGUGAAGACGGUCUCAGAGUCAGACAAGCAGAAGGUCUUUGUCAACAUCUGCCAGUCGAACUCAGUCCCGCCUCCUCCAGAACUCUCAAGAGAGGAGCUUGUGGAGCUGCUUCAAUCAGAAGAUCCCAGUGGCUACAGAGUUCCCAUGAGUCUCGGCGAGCCACACACAGAAGUAGAUAACAGCUCUCAGGGUUGCACAGCUUACGAUGUGGUCAUCAACCAGGAGUUCUUCCAAAGGUGCCAGAAGGAUCCUUUGUUCCAGCAGUUUGUUAUUCUGGUGUCUUUAGAGGGUUUGGAGAACAAAUACAGCCUACAGCUAAGUAGAGACUGGAAGGUCCUGAAGAACAGGAAGUUCUUGGGUUCUGUUAGUGAGCAGAACAUCCGGACCAAGAGCAGGCCGGUGAUUCAAGAGCUGCAGCCCCAGGAGAGCUCCGCUGCAACAGCCAGGAGACCAGAGUUUACUUUGUUUGUGGAGCCUCCUGCUGGUGACCCUGAGUACCUGAUUGCAGAAAUAAAGCUGCCCGGGGUGCCGUCCUCUCGCUCUCUGGUUCUGGAUGUCGGGGAGGACAGACUUGUGUUGACAGCCCGGCCCUCGCUCUUCCAACUGGACAUCUUCCACCCCUUCCUCAUCGAUCAGGAGAACACCGUGUCACAGUACAACAAGAGCACUGAGAUCCUGACAGUCACUAUGCCUGUGGUGUCGUCAUGAAACUGGAGUUUUUUUGUUUUUUUUUUUGUUCAUGAAUGAUGCUGUGUUAAUA